AUGGGUUCCGACCCUCAAUAUGCGAAGUACCCUCUCCUACCUCUCGCUCAGCACAUCUUCACUCUCACCAAUCCUGCCGCGCCCAAACCGGCCCAGCAAACAUCCCUCAAGAGCCUUCAAGAUGCGAUCACCGAACAUAAGAUGGCUCCUUUCUACCGGUACCUAGCCCACCCAACGGAGGGCAUCCUCAACGCCGCUGGCGUAAGCUCUUCGCAUCCGGGUAAACCACCUGGACGGAAGCCAAGCGCAACGGCCAUGAUAGCCAGCAAGAACUCAAUACCUAAAGUUGAUCUUCCAUGGGAUGAAGCUCUUUACGAAGAUCUGAAGAAAGAUAACGAUGCGGAGUUGGAAGGAUUCAAGAAGGAAGAAGAAGAGGCGGCGGAGAAGGCUGGUGAUACCGAAGUGCAAGCCGCAAGGGGAAAGCGAGCAGAAUUCUGGGCACGAGUUGGAGAUAAGGACCGAGCCAUCGCCGCAUACGAAGAGGUCCUCGAGAAGACUGGCGUUUUGGGAACGAAGAUCGACCUUGUACUUGCUAUCAUUCGGAUGGGUCUCUUUUAUAACGACAAGUUACUGGUUAAGAAGCACGUUGAGCGUGCUAAGACGUUGGUUGAAAGUGGUGGAGACUGGGAUCGAAGAAAUCGAUUAAAGGCCUACCAAGGACUCUACCUCCUCACAACUCGCUCGUACAAUCUUGCCGCCCCACUGCUUCUCGACAGUCUCUCGACCUUUACCAGCUACGAGCUGUGCACUUACUCAUCCCUUGUCGUCUAUUCCGUCCUUGCGGGGUCAGUAUCGCUGAAGCGAGUGGACUUCAAGUCUAAAGUUGUCGAUGCACCAGAAAUCAAAGCCAUUCUCGGCGAUGGUGAAGACAAGCUUCUGGCGCUUUCAGGGGCAAUAUCCGCAGGUCCUGGAGCAGAUGAGGAAAUGAAAGAUGUAGCAACCCCAGUUGGAGCGAAGACCGCCGUUAACCUUACUACACUUGGAAGCGACCAACCCGAGGCUGAGACUGCCAUUGACUUCUCGCCACUGGCGCAACUUGUCAGCAGCUUGUACACAGGAAGCUAUCGCUCAUUCUUUGGGGCUUUGGCAGCUGUCGAGGUCAACUUCCUGAGCCAGGACCGCUACCUUCACGAGCACAGGGGGUGGUUUGUUCGAGAAAUGCGUCUUCGUGCCUAUCAGCAACUGCUCCAGAGCUACCGAGUUGUGGGCCUUGAAAACAUGGCUAAUGAGUUUGGUGUCACUGUUGAUUUCUUGGACCGUGAUCUAGCCAAGUUUAUUGCAGCCGAGCGCAUUCCCUGCACUAUUGACCGUGUGACCGGGAAAGGUAUUAUCGAGACGAACAGACCGGAUGACAAGAACAAGCAAUAUAAUGAUGUGGUCAGGCAAGGCGAUCAACUUAUCACCAAGCUUCAGAAGUACGGGCAAGCCGUGCGGUUGAGAGGCAGUGAGAGAGCGUAA